CUCGACAUCGCGUUUACGAACCGGCACUCGUUUAGGUGGGGGCGGUUAGGCUUAUAAGGCACCGGAACACAGUCCCCGGGACCAAUAGUCGCAAAACGUUGAUUGCGUGGCGUGCAAGGAACGCUCUCCGCCAUAUCGUUUCGCAAUCGGUUACGACAGAUCUUCCGGGGUGCUUCUGAGUGUACGGUGGUGAAAAUCGCGGCAACGCGUCUAUUCGACCGAUCUCCUCUUUAUUUUCUCUGUCACGGUCAGUGCGUCAAGGAAAACGAGCCAGGACAUUUCGAUAGCGCGAAAAAGAGGAUCAAGGGAAUGACGGGAAGGUCCAGCACAAGACGGACGAGCCUGUGUCUACUGGCACUGUUGUUGUCCUGCCUCUCCAGCGACAACCUGUUCGUCGUUGGAGAGCCAGAGCCGAUUCCCUCGGAGCUGCUCUACAGCGAAGGCUACGCCAACAACGCCGAAAAUCUAAUAUUGUUGAACAAACUAAAGAAGGUGAUCGAGGAGAAGAAAGAUAUAAUGGAGAGGGAAAAAGCUUUGGACGACAUGCAAAUGAUGAUUGAGUCAGUGCUGGAGGCAAAGGCGAAGGCGAAGACGAGGCCUGGGGACUACAUCUCGGUCGAGGAACUUCCGACGCCGAAUGCUAUCGUUAGUCCACGAUCCGGAAAACGCACGGCGAUUAGUUAUAUGACACUGUGCCACUUCAAGAUCUGCAAUAUGGGGCGCAAGCGGCAGCUACACAAUUAAAAUGUAAUUAAACGAAAGGUUCGCGGACGACGACCACGUCAAGAGAAUGGUCGAGAGCCUCUAGCGCGGUGCACCCUCUGCCUCGAAAAACGAAGCGAAACCCGCGUGCAACGGGAACCAGGGGCCACCGAGAACGGGAUACGAGUGCAGAAAAAAAAAAUGGACGCAUUUUCCAAUCGGCCGAAACGCGAACAGUCAUGAACGUUCGACUCCUACUUGCUGGAAAAUCGCUUCAGCUCCGACAGCUCCCGAGACGUCGACCAUCUUUAGGAAUUUCUAGGAACCUUCGAGACCUUUAGGAAGCUUAGAAAAUUCACGAACGACUCCGUUCUUCGAACAAACGUUGUUGCCCUUUCUGUACACACCGAUCAUUUUGAUAGAUUCUUUCUUGUUCCGUUUUUUUAACCUCGAUCGAGAGUCGAGAGGACCCCGACUGGCUCGGAGUCCCGAUUAUCGAAAGAAUCAUCGAUGAUGCACCGAGCAACACGGUGAGGAAGAGGCACACGCGUUUCGCUCGUUAGUAUUCUAUAGUAUACGUAAUUUCAUACGUUCGAGGACACUUCUGUAUUUUACCAAACAUUCUUGUCAUGAAUAUUCUAGAAACUUGAAAAUUCACUCGAGAUCCCCGAUGACGAAAUAUGUACAAUUUGUUUAAAUACGUAGGAAAAAUUGUGAAAUUGAUGGAUGGGAAAAAAUUAUCCAAAGACUUAAAUAUAAAAAUUAUAAAAAAAGAAAUAACACGGAGCGUGCGGCUCUAUCAACGUGGUGAGUAUACGGAUAAGAAGAUGAUUUAAACGCUUUAUUAUCAUUUUUGAUACGAUUUUUAUUGCAUUCGUCGUUUAUAUCUCUGAACGAUUGCACAAUUUUUUCUCGUUUCGAAAACACGCGACGAAAGAAAAAGAGAAUGAAAAGCAUCGAUCUUAUUUCAGAGUGGAGUGUCCUCGACCAGCCAUCGAUCGAAAAUCGAAAUGGCGGAUAGGUAUUUAUUCGUUAGCUUUAAGUGAGAAGGGUGCAAGGGCCGAGGCUUCGAUAUUCUCGAGAUCAUUAAUCUUUGAAAGCAAAACCGACGUUAAUAAAAUAAACUGCAUGUAAAUUCUAGGUAUACAAUUUGUAAAAUCGCCACUUAUAAUUUUCUUCUUCUCUCUCUCUCUCUCUCUAAAAUUGCAUGCGACUUAAAAUUAGAAUAUUAAACUACUGUUAUCUAUCCUAAAAUUAACAGCGUAAAAAUGAGUACAAAAAUAAAUGAAUAUGAUAUAAAAAAGAGAAACAGCAAGGAAACGUAUUCUUAUUAGUGAAAAAGCUUUCCUCGACAAAAUAUUUUUCAACGUUAAGGAAACGUUGAUAAUUUACUAAAAUAGACAGGGAAAGAGAGGCCGCCUGCACCCUUCGAUAAAUUAUUUAUAUUUGUUUCGUGAAAAGAAACGUAAUCUUUUUAUGCGUCCUUUUUUAUUUAUUUAGCCCCCCACCUAUCGUUACUUUUUAUUAACGCUCACCCCCACCAUUCUGAAUUGUAUUUUAUACGCGACUAGACGUCGAUUAUUUUCUACGGACACGUUAUUUUCACUAUUUAUAAUUUAAACAUGUGCUACAUGUAUCCACGCGAAAUCUGUCGUACAACGUAUCUCGGCAAAAUGUUAUUCUAUAUUGUAAUAUCUUUCAACAAGAUACCGCUUUGAUUUCAAGUUGAAUCGAAUGAAGUUAUUGCAGCGUUGUGCAAUAUCAAAACAUUGAAUGAUACACGAAAGACAACAAACGUUGCAUCAUCGCGUAACUCGUAAUAAUGUAACGGAACGAUAGCAACAAUAAAAAGAUUGUAAUCGUGUGUACCGUAUACAUCCACUUAUCUGUUACUAUUACUAAACACUCAGUUUCUCGCAAUCCUUCGAAAUAAACUAUACGUGGAAACGAA